UUAUUGCAGGUCGUCCGCACCAUACCUGCUGGAACCAAUGAAGUGGCACCGCGUUCUGUCGCCUAUAGGCUGUUACCAUUAGCGUUACCGUGCUUCCCUGUGGUCCUGGCAUGUGGUGCAGUGCCAUGUACUGAGCCAUGUACAGCGGCGGUGUCAUGGAGGAACGGAGGGACUAUGUAACUCUUUCCCUGCCGGCGGUGCUGCUGCCACCUCCUGCUGCUGCUGCUCCUUCCCGCUCCUGGAGGAGGCGAUGGAAGCAACUUCCACGCCUGCAGAGGGUGGUGGUGGUGAUGGUUGCUGUAGGAUUAUUGGUUGGAGUGGCACUACUAGUGACUACUUACCUGUCAGGUCCCUCACAUUCAUCCUCCCUCUCCCACACACCACAGCCUUCACAUUUGUCCUACAAGUUGGAAAAUAAUCUCACCCCACCUCCAGUAAUGGUACAUCUCCCUGAAUCUCAUCAAGACAAGGUGGAGACAGUACCAGAGGAGCAGGCCCUGAAGGAUGAUCCAGGACAUGAUGGCCGGGACCAGAUAGUGCCACCACCAGGAUUGCCUCAAAAAAGAUCAGCAAGGCAGGAGGCAGUAGUUGCAGCCAUGAAACAUGCCUGGAAAGGAUAUAAGACCUAUGCAUGGGGCCAUGACCAUUUGAGGCCUGUCUCACGAACUCGUAGUGAUUGGCUCCGUCUUGGUCUCACCCUUGUGGAUGCCCUUGACACUCUUUGGAUCAUGGACUUACGAGAAGAGUUCAGUGAGGCAAGAGAGUGGGUAGCAACACAACUCAACUUCAAUCUCAACCAGGAUGUGAAUCUCUUUGAGACAACCAUCAGGGUUUUAGGUGGCCUUCUCUCCACCUAUCACCUCACAAAGGAGCAACUUUUCCUCGACAAGGCUGUUGACCUUGGAGAGAGGCUGGUGUCAGGAUUCAACAGUGGCUCUGGGGUUCCCUUUGCUGAUGUAAAUUUGUACUCACGUCGUGCCUCCAAGCCAAAGUGGGGACCAGACUCCUCAACAUCUGAGGUCACCACCAUACAGCUGGAGUUCCGAGACCUCUCUCGAGUCACUGGCAAUCCUAUCUUUGAGGAGAAGGCCAGCUUUGUGAGUGAGCACAUUCACAAACUUCCCAAGGUAGAAGGUUUGGUCCCUAUCUUCAUCAAUGCCCAGACUGGCCAGUGGCGAUCCCACUCCACCAUCACCCUUGGGGCACGAGGGGACUCCUACUAUGAGUAUCUCCUCAAACAGUGGAUACAGACUGGGCGGACUGUGGAUUACUUGCGAAUGGAUUACAAUGAAAGUGUGUCAGGUAUGGAGCACUUACUGGCAGCACGUACACAGCCUUCCCAGCUCCUCUUUUUUGGUGAACUUCAUGGUAGCACCAAGAACUUUGUCAACAAGAUGGAUGAACUCACUUGCUACUUGCCAGGGACACUGGCCCUUGGUGUCCACUAUGGAAUGCCUCGACACCACCUGGACCUGGCACAGGACCUGAUAUACACCUGUGUUCAGACAUGGCUCAGGCAGCCUACACACCUAGCUGCUGAGAUAAGCUAUUUCAACACCCAGCCCAAUAAUGUGGAUGAAGACUUCUAUGUGAAGAACAAUGAUGCCCACUACCUGCUGAGGCCAGAGACCAUAGAGUCAUUGUGGUACCUGUAUCACCUAACAGGCAAUACCACCUAUCAGGACUGGGGAUGGCAAAUGUUUCAGGGUAUUGAACAGUAUUGCAAAGUGGACAAUGGUUACACUUCUAUUGGCAAUGUUCGCAGCACUACUGACACCAAGCCAAAGGACAAAAUGGAAUCCUUUUUCCUUGGUGAGACCCUCAAGUACCUCUAUUUGCUGUUCAUGGAGGAUCAGACUGCCUUCAGUGUGGAUAAGUGGGUGUUCAACAGUGAGGCACACCCACUUCCCAUCUACUCCCACUAGCCAGUUGUGCCCUCAGCAAGACUGCAGCAAAAAGAUAGAAGUCAGGAGGAAUGUCACUUGGGGGUGUCUUCAUUUCUUCUGAUGUUUGAGAACUGUGAUAUAUUGCUGAGUAGGUCCAGUCAACUGCAAGCUUAUUUUCAUGGUUCACAUUUUUUAUCCUAUCACUGAAUUCAGGCAUUUCUGGAGUGGCAGUUAUUUCCAUCAUCAUCAUCAUCAUCAUCAUCAUUAUUAUCAUAAUCAUAGUCAUUAUUAUCGUCCUUAUCAUCAUCAUCAUCAUCAUCAUCAUCAUCAUCAUCAUCAUCACCAUAGUAAUCUUCAAACAAAACAACAACACAACCUAUUCCCAUAUUAACAAGGAGAGUGCUCUUCUAAUUACAUUCCUGGGUCCUUCGUUUAACUUGAGGGUUGACAAUGCCUGAGGCUGUGCAGAUCCUUAUUCUCUUAGUUUUCAUUUAUAACUUUUCGUUGUUAAUAUAUCAUCCGUAGAAAAACAUAUUUCAGUAAAUAAAUCGAGAAGUGCUUGUGAAUAAGUAAAAAACACUAGGGUCUUGUUAUUGGGAGGGUUAUGUUUUGUGAAAUAUCUUCAUACAUGAAAUUUGUCUAUUUGUAGAAGUUUAUGUUCCCUGACAACACCCAUUUUUUAGCUUCCUAACUAUUAAGUUCUGACAGCUUUUCUAUGAUAGCAUUAAGUUGCAUUCAGACACAGUAGUAAUUGCUAUUUUUAGAACAAAUCCUGACUCAUCAAACCUCAUCUGCAACACACUGCUUGGCUAGGGUUGGAUGUGAGGUAGAAUGACAGUUAUGAUACCAUCUCACAUGUGUCUCAGAACAGUAACCAUUACUAAAGCAGCAACAGUGCUCUGUCUCCCAAGAUCUCUUUGUGUAAGAAGAGACACACUGAACCAACUGAAUUCAGAAAUACGUAGCUGUUUGAAUAAGGAAGGAAUUUUCAUUGUUGCUGAUGAUUAAGAUGCUACAUCAUCUCAUUACAAGAAAUAGUUAAUAGUUGAACGAGUUAUGACCCAGAUCAGUCACAGCACUUAUUAAUCUGGGAGUUUUUAUAGAUCAUCUGAGGCUUUAGCCAUUUAUAUAUUUACCUUUUGAAUGGAAUAUUUCAGUGAUGUUACAAAACAUAUCUUCAUGAGUUUAUUCAGUGUAUUCUCACUUGAUAUAGCAAAAUUUUAGUCUUUAUUUUUUCAGUAAUUUCAGUUAUUUUCUACUUUAGAAGUAAUAUUUUGUUAUACAAACUGAACAUGUUUUAUUUGCAACACUAAUUGGACACAUUUCUGACCACCAAGAUGCAUUCUAUGAAUGACACACAAAGUUUCUCCCUUAUUCAGACUUUUUCUAGAGAAUCUUUGAAUCUUAGUAUUGCAUCCCAAUUCUUUACAUGUAUGAGACUAAGUGCCUGAUGCAAACUGAGAGAGCUCUUAGGUAGGCAUACAGAAAUCUUGGAACUUCCUGGUAGAGAUGAUGCUAUGGGUUAGGGGUGAGGUAGAAUUACACUAGGAGUGGAGUGCUGAGAUGGAGUUGGAGUAGGUUCUACAGAUAGUGAUCCAUGCUGUGUCUGGUGUUUGCUUCUGUACAACUUGCAUGAGAAUUUUGGUUCAUAUAAAGAAUUGACAUCACAAUUAGGGUAGUAGCAUAUGAGCAAAUAUGCAUAUCCUGAAGCUGUAUCCUUGUAAGAAGACCCUGGUGUAUAAAUCGGCAGUGAGGAAGAAACACAUUUGGUAAAUGAAAUUUAUUAAUUAGUCUUUGUGAAGUGAUACAUAUAAUAUCGACAAACUUUCAUUGCAUAUUAUAUAUUAAAAAUGAGUUUGUGUGAUAAAUAUUUUUAAUAUUAUUCUGUUAGGAAGAACAAAUAAUGCUAUCCUGAAAUUCUUAAUAAUGAAUGUUUCUUAAAAUCUAGAAAAAAUCCUCCAUCAGAAUUGUUGGAUUUAAAAGGAUAUUCCAUCUUCCUCUUUCUGUUAAGAUUUUGAUUCCUGUUAUACAUCUUGAAAUGGAGUAAUAUUGUCUCAGGUGUGAAGUUUUUCCCCUUUAAGAUUUACAGCCAUAAUAUUAAUAUCUCCCUUCCCCUUCCUGUCCCCUUCCCCUUCUCUUGGUGGUAUUGAUCUUUUUCCAUUCCCAUGGGUGUGUUAAAACUGUGGCGAUGGGGAUGGGAAAGGAUAGAAAAAGUGUUGACUCAGUGGACAAGAAAGGACACCUUUGCCAUCCCUUCAUAAAUUUUGGGAAACAAUACAAUUAAUUAUCAGUUUUUUAUAGAAGGAAAUGCAGUUUUAAGAGUGGAAAUAAAUAAUUAUGUAACAUUUCA